AUGAAAUUAGAAAACAAAGAAAUUGCAAUUGUAGGUAUUGGAUUUAGAAUUCCACAAGGUAAAGAAUCAAUUAAUAAUGGUAGUGUUUCACAUUUAUGGAAUAAUUUAAAGAAUGGAUUCAGUGGUAUUGUUGAAACAUCAGAAAGAUGGAGUGACAAUAUCAAUUUACUCGGUGAAGUUAAUAAUAAAUUUGGUGGAUUAUUACCAUUAAAAGAAUGGAGUGAUUUCGAUCCAGUUCAUUUCGCAAUCAAUCCAUCAGAAGUACCCCUAAUGGAUCCACAAACAAGAUUACUAUUAAAGUGUACAUGGGAAGCAUUAGAAGAUGCAUUCAUCGAUCCAAUCGAUAUUAGAGGUUCAAAUACAUCUUGUUUCAUUGGUUGCUCAACAUUAGAUUAUUCAACAACAAAUAGAGACUUUAAUGAAACAUCUGAAAAUUAUUUCGCAUCAAAUGUUCUUCAUACCAUUUCAAAUAGAUUAUCAUUUUCAUAUGAUAUCAGAGGUCCAUCAAUGACAAUUGAUACAGCAUGUUCUUCAUCAUUGAAUUCAAUUGCAAUGGGUUUUCAAUCAAUUCAAAAUGGUACUUCAAAUCUAUCAAUUGUGGGUGGUGUCAGUUUAUUACUUGAUCCAUACAUUUCAAAAUCAUUUUCAUUUUUAAAUAUGCUAAGUAAAAAAGGUAAAUGUAAACCAUUUGAUUCAGAAGCAGAUGGUUACAUUCGUGCAGAGAGUUGUGGUAUUGUAAUUUUAAAACCAUUAUCAGACGCAAUUAGAGAUGGUAAUAAUAUUUAUUGUGUAAUUAAUUCAUUUAGUUCAAAUGUCGAUGGAGGUGGUUUAAAUGAUAAAUCAAACUUUUAUUCACCAUCCAAACAAUCACAAUCUGAUAAUAUCAAAUUAGCAUUGAAAAGUGCAAAUAUGAAAGCAUCAGAUAUUAGUUUCGUAGAAUGUCAUGGUACAGGAACACCAACAGGUGAUCCAAUUGAAGUAGAAGGUGUAUCAAUGGCUCUAAAUUCAUCGAAAACAUCAACACCAUCUAAACCAUUACUCAUUGGAUCACUCAAAUCUAAUAUUGGUCAUUCUGAAGCUGCAAGUGGUGUUGCAUCAUUAAUCAAAUGUUGUUUAAUGUUUAAAAAUAAACAUUAUGCACCAAAUGUUAAUUUUGAUCAACCAAAUCCAAAGAUUAACUUUAAAGAUUGGAAUAUUAAAGUUGUAACAGAAGCAAUACCAUUUACAAAUAAUAAUGAAAAACCAGUAUCAAUGGUUAUUAACAACUUUGGUGUAACUGGUUCAAAUUGUUGUUUAAUUUUAUCACAGUUUAUUGAACAAUCAAUCAAUCAAAAUGGUAAUGGUCAUAGUUAUCCUGCCGAAUCACAACAACAACAACAACAAAGAUUUUUAAUACCAUUUUCAGCCAAUUCAGUAAAAUCAUUAAAAAAUUAUGAAGACUUAAUAAUAAAUGAUAUUAAAAUUUCAACAAAUUCAUUCAAAGAGUUUGUUAAGAAUCAAAUUUACUCAAAAUCAAAGAAACUAUAUCAAAGAUCAGUUUUAAUUUCAAGUAAUUGGGAUCAAUUAAAAACUAAAAACAAGUACUUUAAAACAAAUAAUGACAAAUCCUCAAAUAUUACAAUUAAAAGAAAUCAACCAUUGGUUGUUAUUGUUUUCGGAGGUCAAGGUUCACAAUGGAAUAAAAUGGCUCAACAACUUUAUGAAUGUGAACCAAUAUUCAGAUCAUCGAUGGACAAAUUCAAUAAAGAGUUAAGUAAAUACUAUGGAUACUCAGUUUUAGAUAAAUUAAGAUCAAUUAAAGAUGAUGAUAUUAUAUCAAUACAUCAACCAAUAAUCGCUCAACCAUCGAUAUUAAUGUUACAAAUAUCAUUAUUUGAACUAUACAAACAUUGGGGUAUCAAUGUAUCAUUCAUCGUUGGUCAUAGUUUAGGUGAAAUCGCAACAUCAUAUUGUUCAGGUAUGGUAGAUUUCCAAACAGUUUGUAAAUUAAUUUAUCACAGAUCAAUUUCUCAAAAUAAUACAAAUGGAUGUGGUAAAAUGUUAUCAGUUAAUAUCAGUCAUUCAGAAUUUAUUGAGCUUUAUUCAAAUAAAUACCCAACAAUUGAAGUUGCAUGCUAUAAUUCACCAACAUCAAUUGUAAUUGCAGGUAAUGAAAAUAUUUUAAAAGAGAUAUCAUUAAAUUUAAAAGAAAAUAAUAUCUUUUGCGCAUUUUUAGGUUCAUUAUCAUCAUUCCACACAAGUAGUCAACAUUCAACUAAAAAUGAAAUUUUACCAUUAGAUAUACCAUCAAAACAAUCAAGAAUUCCAACAUUUUCAACAGUUACAACUAAUUUAUUUAAUCAUGAAACUACUCCAUUCAAUUCAAGUUAUGUUUAUGAAAAUAUAAUACAACCUGUCAGAUUCUCUCAAACUAUUUCAAAUUUAUAUCAACACAUUGAAAAUAAUAAACUUGGUAAUGAAUUAAUAUUUAUUGAAGUUUCACCACAUCCAAGUUUAUCAUUUUAUUUAAAACAAAUGAUACCAAAAUCAUCAAGUUACUUUAAUUCAGUUUCAGUAUUAACAUCAACAAACAAAAAGAACUCCAAUGAUUUAGAUGAAAUUCAUUCAACAAUUUCACAAAUUUAUUGUUUAGGUUAUGAUGUAAACUUCAAGUGUCAAUUCAAUCACAAUGAUGAUGAUGUCAGUUCCAUUAGAAACAGCAAGGUCAAUAUCAGUUUACCAAACUAUCAAUUCGACGAACAACACUAUUGGAAAGUUGAUAUUAACUUUGAACAAUAUAGAUUAAAUGGACCAAAUGUUUUCAACAGUUUAGGUAAAUCAAUGAUUAACUAUUCAUCAAAUAACAAAUCAUAUGAAUCAAUAAUCGAUAUAAAUAGAAAUCCAUUCAAAUACUUAAAAGACCAUAUUGUAAAAGGAAAAUAUUACUUCCCAGGUAUUGGAUAUGCUGAUAAUAUUAUGAAACUUUACCCAAAUCAAGAUAUUAUAAUUAAUAACUUGGAAUUUUUAGCACCAUUUGUUUUAAAAGAAAAUGUCAAACAUACUUUACAAACCAAUGUUUAUCAAUUAGGUAACACUGAUUAUAGAGUUACAUUCAACAUAAAAGAUAAUAAAACAAAUCAAUGGGUUCAAACAUGUACUGGUAACUUUCAACUUAUAUCACUAAAAGAUAAUAAUAAUGAUCACUCAUCUAAAUAUGAUAUAAAUCAAUUGCUAUCAGAAUGUAAUUUUACAACCCUUUCAAAACAAGAAGUUUACAAACAUUCCAGAUCAAUAACUGGAAUCACUCAUUUAGGAGCUUUCCAAGGAAUUGAAGAGUUGUAUUUUGGUAAUGAUUGUAUUAUAUCUAAAAUUCAAGUAAACACUGAAAACUUUGAUAUCGAUGGUAAGCCAGUUUAUCAAACAUACGAUAAAUCAUUUUUCAAUACAGCUUUAUUAGAUAGUUGUUCACAAACUAUAGUUGGAUUCAUUACAAAUUCAAGCCAGUUUGUAUUUGAAAGACUUGAAGGUUUAAAAGUUUAUUCUGAAAAUAUACCAACUGACAAAUUAAAAUAUAAGAAUAUCUAUUGUCAAGCAAAAUUCAUCUCCUUGGAAUCAGAUAGCUAUAAAUCAUCAGUUUUAGUUUUAUUAGAAGAUGGUACAAAGUUGUUAGAAAUGGAUUGUAUAUCUUUACAUUCAACUCUUCCAUUACUUAAUAGUUUAUUAAUUAAUAAUCCUACAACUGAAUUAUUUACAAAUAAUUUACAAUGUAAAGAUUCAUUAGUUAAUAUUUUAUCCAUUGAUAAUAAUCAAACUUUUAGCAGCAUCAGCAGCAGCAAUACAGUUACAGAAAUUAUUAAACAAACAAUCAAACCAAUUAUAAAUGAAAAAAUUGUUUUUAGAAUUUUACAAUCAUUUUCAGAUUUAGAAUUAUCAAAACAAAUCAUUGAAACAUUAAAUCAAAUUUUCGAUGAUAAUAGUUUACAAGAAAUCGAUAUAGAAUUUACAAUUAUUGAUAAUUCAAAUGAUAAACUUCCAACUUUACACGAUUCAAGUUUAAUCUUUAAAAAUGAUAUAACCCAGUUAAAACCAUCAUACUAUGAUAUUAUCAUUAAUAAUAAUAAUGAUGGUGAUGAUGAAACAAUCAUCAAAUCAAUAUUUAAUAUUCUUUCUUCAAAUGGAUUAUUAUUAAUAAUUGGAGAUGAUAUUGGUGAUAAAUACAAUAUCGAUAGUUUAAUAAAUUUAGGUUUUAAUGAAAACAAAAUUCAAAAGUCAAAUAAAGUAAUACAAUCACAAAAAUCAACAAUAUUAUCAAAUGAAUUAACAGUUGUUCCAAACAAUAAAAAUGAUAAUAUUAUAAUUUAUUGUGAAAAAGAAUCAAAAUAUACAAAUGAAUUUAUGAAAUUAAUUUCAAAUAAUCAUAUCAGCUGCAAACAAACAAUAAUAUCGAAUAUUAAUGAAUUUAAUCAAUUAUUACCUUCAAUAACAAAUGAUUCAAUAAUUUACUUUAUUAAAUCAAUGGAACAAUUAGAAAUGAAUAAUUUCAAACAAAUUACAAUGGAAUAUAUUGAAAUUAAUCAACAACUUUUAAAACAUAGUUUAACAUGUAAACAUGUAUUAAUUACUAUUGAUUCACAAAUCAAAAACUAUUUAUCAUCAUCAAUAAUAGGUACAGCAAGAUACUUUAAUGAAUUUCCAAGUUUAAAUCUAUAUUCAAUCGAUUUUGAUAAUCAAUUAUCAAUAUCAUCAUUAUUAAAUAAAAUCAUUAAUCAAUUGAUUGAAAAUUCAAAUAACCAUAUUCAAAGAGAAUAUAUAAUUAGAAAUAAUUCAAUUUAUUAUGAAAUAUUAAAGAAUGAAAAGAAUAUAAAAUCAAACUUCAAUUCAAAUUCGUUCGAAGAUAAUGACUUUAUGACACUCUUAGAUUCAACAAAUUUAGAAUACAAAUUAGCAUCAAAACCAAAGAAAUUAAAAAAGAAUCAAAUUGAAGUCAAAGUUUUAGCAACAGGUAUUAAUUAUAAAGAUUAUUUAAUUUAUCGUGGUUUAGUUGUUAUUGAUGAAAAUGUAUCAAUAUCUAAAAAUCCACUUGGUCUCGAAUUUUCAGGUAUUAUCACAAGAAUAUCUAAUGAGAAUCAAAAUUGUGAAUUUAAAGUAGGCGAUAAUGUAUUUGGUAUAGCUUGUGACACAACCGCUUCACAUGUUAUAGCUGAUGUACUUUAUGUUUCACAUAAACCUGAGAAUAUUAGUCAUGUUGAAGCAGCAUCAUUACCAGUCAUUUUUUCAACAUGUCUUCAUGGUAUGUUCAACAUUGGUAAUUUUAAUAUCGAUGAUGAUGAAGUAAUUUUAAUUCACUCAGCAACAGGUGGUAUUGGUUUAGCAACAUUAGAAAUAUUAAAAUGGAAAGGUCAUAAAUCACCAAUUUUCGUCACAGUAGGUUCAAAAGAUAAAGAACAAUAUUUAAUUGAUAAUUAUGGAUCAUUCAUAACUGGUAUUUAUUCAUCAAGAAAUAAAAACUAUGUAAAUGAAAUCAAAUCAAAAUUAAAUCAACUUUAUGGUACAACUGGUAAAUUCAACGGAGUAGAUUUAAUUAUAAAUACAUUACCAAAUGAAUUUACACAUUCAAACUUUUUAUGUUUAAAAGAAAGAGGUAAAAUCAUUGAUCUUUCAAUUACCCAUUUAAAUAACAAUGAAUUUUUAAAUUUCAACAAUUUCAAAUUUAACAAGAGUUAUCAUAAUAUUGAACUUAUGCAUAUUAAUAAAAAAGUAGUUUCAAGAUUAUUAAAAUCCAUUUCAAAUGCUUUAAAUGAAAACAAAUUAAAACCAAUUCCAAUAACAACAUUCCAGAUUGAAGAUGUCAAAGAAGCAAUUGAAUAUAUUAAUCAAAGAAAACAUAUUGGUAAAAUUGUAUUAGAUCAUAGUUGUUCAAAUGGUAGUAUCGGUAGUGAUGGAUUAUUAAAUCAACUCAUUGAAUCAGAUAACAAUGAAAAGAAUCACACAAUACUAAAAUAUGAUUUCAAAAUUGAUACAAAAAAUAUAAUUGGUAAAAAUAUAAUUAUUACAGGUCAAUCAGGUAUUAUUUUAGAAAUCUUAAAAUGGUUAAUUAAAUAUUCACCAACAGAAUCAUUUGAAAACAUUAUCAUUUUAUCAAAAUCAUCAUUAAAAUGGGAGUUAGAACUAUUAAUCAAUAAAACAAUAUCAAGAAAGGAUAAUAACACUAAAUUCCAUUUCAAGAGUGUAGAUGUUGGUGAUCCAAUUGAAAUGAGAAAAUCAAUUAAUCAAAUUUUAUUAGAAAAUCCAAAUAUUGAUAACAUUGAUUCAAUAUUCCAUUAUGCAUUCGCUCAAAUAACUAAAGAAGUAGAAGAAAUCGAUAUUGAAUCAUUAGAUAUUUCACAUAAUGCUAAAACGAUGGGUGCAAUUAAUUUACAUGAAAUUUCAAUUGAGAAAUCAUGGAAAUUAAAACAAUUUGUUAUGGCAUCAUCGAUUGCAUCAUUAUUUGGCUCAUUCAACCAAUGUAGUUAUGUUUCUGCAAAUUUAGUAUUAGAUUCAUUAUCAAGAUAUCGUAAAUCAAUUGGUUUACCAUCAACAUGUACAAAUUGGGGUGCAAUUAAAUCAGCAGGUUUUGUAUCAAGAAAUGAAUUAGUUUCAAAAAUGUUAGAUGAUCAAGGUUUCAUUCCAAUUCCAACAAAUAUAAUUUUAGGUUCAUUAGAUUUACAACUUCAAAAUUCAAAUAAAAAUUCAAACUUAAUUGUUAGUAAAUUUAACUAUGAUUCAAUUAAGAAAUUAUCAUCAGAAACAUCAACUUUCCAAAGAUUAGAUUUCAUUUUAAAUUCAAUCAAAGAAAAAGAUAAUGAUAGUAAUGGUGGUGAAAAUAGUGUAUCAGAAAGUAUACAAACAAAGAUUUUAAAUAAAAUUUCAGAACUCUUAUCAAUUGAACAAUCAAAGAUCAACACAGAUAUUCGUUUAAGUGAUUAUGGAGCAGAUUCAUUAACUUCAGUACAAUUAAAGAAUUUCAUUGAUAAAGAUAUUAAAUCAAAUGUAAUUACACUUCAACAGUUACAAAAUAAUACAAUUGAUAUGAAUAUUCAAACUAUUUUAGAACAAAUCAAAAAACUAGAUUCAAAUGAAACUAAAGGAAAAUCAAAAAAUAUUAUUAAAAAAGAUUCAGCACCAACUUUAGACUAUUGGAGAAAUGAAAUGAAAUUAGAUGAAUCAAUUCAAGCAAUUAAAAUGAAUCCAAUUGAUUUUAGAAAUGAUUCAAAAGUAUUUUUAACAGGUGCAACCGGAUUUUUAGGUGUUCAUUUAUUAUCAAACUUAAUUAAAUCACCAAAUUGUUCAGUUGUAUAUUGUUUAAUUAGAAAUAAAAAAUCAGAACCAAAUCCAAUCAAUGCUAUAAUUAAUAAUUUGAAACAUCAUAAACUAUAUCACUUUCACAAUGAAUUUGAAUUAUCAAAAAUUAAAGUAAUAGUUGGUAAUUUAGCAUCACCAUUAUUAGGAUUAUCAAAAUUAGAUUUUGAUUAUAUUUCAAAUCAAAUUAAUUUAAUAAUUAAUUCAGGUGCCGAUAUUAAUUUAGCAUCAAAUUAUGAAGAGAGUAAAGUUGUAAAUAUUGGUGGUUUCAUUGAAUUAAUUAAACUUUCAACAACUGGUGAUUAUCAAAAACCAAUUGUAGGAUUUAGCUCAGUAUCAGUAUUCUUUAAUGCAUCAAAUUGUAAAGAAUUUGAUGAAGAAACAGUAAUACCAACAAUUGAAAAUAUUAAUAAUUUACCAGGUGGUUAUAUGAAAAGUAAAGUAGUUGUUGAAAAUUUAUUAAGAGAAGUAGCAAAAAGAGGUAUUCCAUCAAUGUUAAUUAGACCACCAAUUAUAUUCUCACAUGAAGAAACAGGUAUUGGUCAUGAUUCUGAUUUCUUCCAAUUAAUUAUUCAAUCAUGUUAUGCAGUUAAAAAGUAUCCAAAAAUUGAUAAAAACAUAUUAACAUCACCAAUUGGUUGGAUAAGUUUAAAUACAAUUAAAAUGAUUGGAAAUGAAAAAUGUUGGAAUAAAUCAUCUUCAAAUCAAUUAAAUAUCUAUAGUUUAAAUAGUGAAGUUUCAGCAAUGAACCCUUCAUUCUCAUUCUUGGAAAAGCAAUAUGGAUGUGAAAUGGUUGAAUAUGAACAAUGGAAGAAUAUCAUUAAUCAAUCAAAGAUUCUAUCAUGUGUAAAAUUAAAAACAUUCCAUUCAUUAGAUGAUUUAUAUAAUAUUUAUAACUUGGGUAAUGGAUUUGGUGUUUCAAAGAAAACUAAAGAAUUAUUACAAUCAAUGAACUCAUAUGAAGGAGGAAUGGUUAAUGAAAAAAUGAUUCAAAAUCAUAUAAACUAUAUUUUUAAAAAUUAA